AUGGAUUCAGGACUAUCUUGGGCUGAUCAAUGGGAUUACAACUCUGAUCCUCCUCCAAAUUCAAAUAAAGAAGACGAUAAGAAGAAGAAGAAAAAGAAGGAAGACGGAAGCAAAAGCAGUUUUGGGAAGGCCAUACUUGGCUUGAAAUGGGUCAAGGAACUUCGCAAGAAAUCUGAUAAGUAAUCAAUAGGUUGUAUUGUUUUAGUUACACAAGGCUUUGUUGAUUCAUACGUUCCCUUGUGAUUAAUCCAUUAAUCUAUGUCUCUCUUUUUUAACCA